UCCCCCCUCCUCUUCCCCUCACAUCCUUGGAAGCAACAAUUAAGCAGCUCUGCGAUAAAAUACACAGCCUGCGGGAGCACGAGGGCAUUGCUUCAAGAGAUGGCAAGGCAGGCAGCUGUACCCCUCCUUCCCGGAGUCCUCCUCCUCUUCUCCAUCCUCCCGGCUUCCCAGCAAGGAGGGGUCCCUGGUGCUAUCCCAGGAGGGGGAGUUCCCGGAGGAGGCUUUUUCCCAGGUGCUGGGGUUGGAGGUUUGGGAGCAGGACUCGGAGCUGCAGGAAAACCUCUCAAACCAGGGGUCGGAGGCCUUGGGGGACUUGGCCCACUCGGCCUACAACCAGGUGCUGCAGGUGUCUUCCCCGGAGGUGCCUUCCCUGGGGCAGCCUUCCCUGGUGCUGCCUCUGCAGCUGCACUCAAGGCAGCUGCGAAAGCUGGUGCUGGCAUUGGGGGCGUGGCUGGAGUUGGUGGUCCUGGUGGCCUCGGGGUCUCUACAGGUGCAGUGGUCCCUGGCGUGGUGCAGCCUGGGGUUGGUGCAGCAGUGAAACCCCCGAAAGUACCAGGCGCUGGGAUUCCUGGAGCUUUCCCAGGCGGUGUGCUCCCUGGCGCAGGCAUCCGCUUCCCUGGCGUUGGGGUGCUGCCCGGGGUACCCACUGGUGCUGGAGUCAAGCCAAAAGGUCCAGGAGCAGGAGCCUUUGCAGGAAUCCCUGGACUAGGAGGUUUUGGAGGUCAGCAGCCCGGUGUCCCCCUGGGGUAUCCCAUCAAAGCUCCUAAGCUCCCAGGUGGCUAUGGAUUGCCCUACAGUACUGGCUUCGGGCCAGGCGGGAUAGGAGCUGGCAUCGGGGCAGGAGGAAAGGCAGGGUACCCCACCGGGACAGGAGUUGGAGCGCAGGCAGCAGCAGCGAAAGCAGCAGCAAAAUAUGGAGCUGGUGUCCUGCCUGGGGCUGGCGGCAUCCCAGGAGUCGGUGGAGUGGUACCGGGUGCUGGUGUUGUUCCAGGGGUUGGAGUUGGAGGUCCCGCAGCGGCAGCGGCAGCAGCGAAGGCAGCAGCAAAGGCAGGAGCUUUUGGUCCAGGGGUUGGUGGUGUCCCUGGCCUUGUGCCUGGCGUUGGUGGCGUCCCCGGCUUGGUGCCUGGCGUCGGAGGUGUCCCCGGGGUGGCAGGAGUCGGGGGGCCGGCAGCAGCAGCAGCGGCAGCAAAGGCAGCUAAGUACGGAGCUGGCGUUGGUGUUCCUGGCAUUGGUGGUGUUCCUGGUGUCCCUGGUGUCCCUGGUGUCCCUGGUGUCCCUGGUGUCCCUGGCGUCCCUGGUGUGCCUGGCGUGCCCGGCGUGCCCGGUGUGGCUGGGGUUCCUGGCGUGGUGCCUGGUAUUGGAGUGGGUGCCCCAGAAGCUGCUGCGGCCGCAGCGAAGGCUGCAGCGAAAGCCGCAGCAUUUGGUGCAGGGCGUGUGCCUGGUGUCGGUGUCCCUGGUGUCGGUGUCCCUGGUGUCGGUGUCCCUGGUGUCCCUGGUGUCGGUGUCCCUGGUGUCGGUGUCCCUGGUGUCGGUGUGCCCGGUGUCGGUGUGCCUGGAGUUGGUGUCCCUGGAGUUGGUGUGCCCGGUCUGGUGCCUGGGGUCGGAGCUGUACCAGGAGUCGGAGCCCCAGCAGCUGCCGCUGCUGCCAAAGCAGCCGCCAAAGCAGCCAAGUAUGGAGCAGGUGCUCUGGCUCCUGGUGUGGGUGGACUUGCGCCUGGUGUAGGUGGACUGGCUCCCGGUGUAGGUGGCCUUGCUCCUGGAGUUGGUGGCCUGGUCCCCGGUGUUGCAGGUGUCCCAGGGGUCGGAGUUCCAGCUGCAGCAGCCAAAGCAGCAGCGAAGGCAGCCAAAUUUGGUGCCGGCGUUGGAGGGGUGCCUGGUGCAGUGCCUGGUGUUGCUGGGGUGCCAGGAGUGACGCCUGGUGUCGGUGGCGUGCCUGGGCUAGUGCCGGGUGUGGGGGUACCUGGUACUGGCAUCCUCCCCGGGGCAGGCAUCCCCCAAUUAGGGGUGCAGCCUGGUGCUAAACCUCCGAAAUUGGGUGUUCCUGGGGUUGGAGUCCCAGGGAUCAGCGGUGUCCCAGGUUUUGGUGUUGGGGGGCUGCAGCCAGGGGUUGGAGUUCCCGGCUUCGGUGUGUCACCGAUCCUUCCAGGUGGGGUUGCCGGUCAGCUGGGAUUCGGUGGGAAGCCCCCCAAGACCUAUGGAGGAGCCCUCGGUGCCCUGGGCUUUAGAGGCGGCGUGGGCUGCGCACAAGGGAAGUACUGCGGAAGGAAGCGGAAGUAACCGGACGUCAUCACCCAUGACCUCAUGAACUUUGGUGCUACUGCAUGGUCCAGAAUGUAAAUCCCAAGCAAAGCUGAGACACCCCCCCCCCCCCCAAAACCCCGGACCCAACGUUCCCAGGAGGGGCCCCGUGCCUCCGGCUGCGCUUGUCCCACCCUCAGCCCCUCCAUCCCGGCGGGGAGCACGGAAUAAACUGCGGCGAGCAGCCGUUCCCCUUGGUGCUAUUGCUCCCUGCGGAUUUGGGGGGGUGUUGGGGUGUCGCCACCCUGCCAGCCUCAGACCUGACCCCGGAGGGGGUAGGGCAGGAUGAGGGGCACCUCACAUUGGAGGGAGGGAGGGAAGGGGGUCCCAGCAGCGGGGAGCUGCUCGGGGAGGGAUGUCCCUGACAGCCCUGGGCUCCCCCCGGUCCCCGCGCUCCGGGGGGGCCGCGGGCAGGAGGGGCUCUGUCCCUUCAUGUUACCCACUUUGCUAUAACCGGGUGGGACGCCCUAUGCAGAGGAACUAAUUUCCGACAGACUAAUAAAGGACAAGUUUUUAAAUGA